ACCGCGCAGGUGUAUUUCCGGAUUUACCUGAAGGCAGACUGCAUUUCAUCAUUAGCCCAAAAGACGGUUAAAUACACAUUAAACAUGAGUAUGGAAACAAUAAAACGGGUCGAACAGCCGGGACAAGUUAAAUGUACCCAGCUUUCCCCAUACGAACAACAGCUUGUACAAAUAAAGGCUAAUGAUGACCUUUCAAAUCAGGAGAAAAGAAAUGAACUGGAUAAAAAAAUACUGCUGAAGGCCAACUGGUUUGCAAACUCUGAAAAGAAAGUCGUUAGCAACAGAUGCAAACAACAACAGGUUACUAUUAGAGACGAAGUGAGACAGGCGCACAAAGCUUGGAUUAAAGUUCGGAGAGAGGCGCUGAAGCAACUUUUUGAAAAAGAGUACAUGGUUUAUGAUAAAGAGUUUGAAUCAAUGGGCAAGGCCUUUCAAAGAGACAGGAUGUAAACACACACACACACUAAAAAAAAACACCCAAAAAACAAUCUGAAACCCAUUGUAUUUUAUUGUGAAAGCAUUUCAUUUUGAAGGUUCUGUGUUGAGCAAGAUUCAGUGUUCUGCCACAUUCCUUUUCUUUCUUUGUAGUUUGGUGGAAUAUAAGGCUUGGGUGUUAUAACUUAAACAUUUCAUUGACUAUUUUUGGAUACAACAUCAUGUAAUGUUCAUUAGAGAAGAAGAAAGAAAAGAGCCAAUAUUUUCAUAUACCUUAUACCCUAAUGUAUACGGUAAACAUUAAAAAAAUUAUUUUUUCAAUUGAUUGCUUAUUUUAAUGCAUAAUUAUUAUUAUUAUUUAUAUAAAUGCGGUGUUAGUAAAACUACUUGGUCAUCUCAUCCUUCAGUUUAUAUUUAUAACUGAGAUAUGUUACAUUUUAUUACUUUUUAUAUGAAAUAUUUUUAGAUUUCCUGUUAAAAAAAUGAAAACACUGAACAGUAUAUAAUAUGAUGAUAAAAGUCCAUGAAGCCCAACAGCAAGUCUGUCCAUCUUGAUUCUUAAAUUGUCAUUUUACAGAAGAAACUUGUCAAAACUGUAGUCAAAAUCUCAGAAAGUAAAAAAAAAGAAAAGAAAAGAAGCAAAACCAUUAACAUAGUAUGUGAUGGAGUCCAAUAUAGAUAAUACUGCAGUUUGAAAUGUUGAACGACUGUAGAUAAUUUGUCAUUCAUGGACUGUGAAACUGAACAGACUCUUUUAAGUCUUCAUGUUCUAACUAUGCUAUGCAAAAACCAAGACGAAUCUAGAAUUUCAGUCCAAAUAACACAAAGUAUCCCAGUGUGUACUCUUAAUAUGAAAACUGCAUUUAAACACAAAGAUAAAAAUGUUGGUGGUAUGAACUAGGACAAACGAGGAUCUGUAAUUAUUUUUUUUUUGGAGGGGGGGGGGGGCUAAAACUCCAUAUCUUCCCACCCUCUUUAAUCCAUCAAAUGAGCUUCCAUUUCAUAUCAUGUUUAUGUAUCUCAAGAAAUAUUUUUCAAUUGUCACAAGUUUUUACCAAGUGACAAUGAAAAUUAUUUCACAAGGGACAUAAACAUGAUACGAAAUGGUAGCAAGUUUAAUAUCCUAUUUAUUACUCAUAAUUGAUUUUAAUUUAGUCACUAAACUCAUAUGACUAAUGUUCCAAUAAGGUUUUAGUCUGCCAAUCAUACGACGUCGAGGUGUUACAUACGUCCCACAUUAUGUUCUAGUGGGACGUAAUACACUGAUAUGAACCAAAAAUAUUUUUAACCAUAUGGGUUAUAUUAAUGUAUAAUAUUAAUGCCUGUGCUGUGCAGUUUUGUGUACCAUUAACCUAUGUAUGUGAGAAUUUCGUUCCGAACAUUGUCAGAAAAUGGUGUUGCCUAUAAUCACUGGAAAAAUACCAAUAACUGUGAAAGCUAGAAAAUCCAACAGACAUAUGACAUCACAGCCUCGUUCUUUAGGUCUUUACGGACACGUUAUGUUGUAGCCGUGCAUUAUUUGUUUAUAACGCGUGUAAAUCCUUUAUAUCUUGUGUCAGUGUGAUUAUUACAGCAUCAUGGAUAAUGUAAAUAGGUGUUCUACUUAACAGGUUACGCAAAAUCAAUUGGGCAUGCUUGAAAUAUUGUUUUUUGUGCAUUUUACAAUUUUUUCAGUUUUCUGAGGCCUUUAUUAGCAAAAUAUUCAGCAUUCUAUACUACCAAUUGCCAAACUAAAUCAUUAUGUAAGACAUUAUACAUAUCUUCAGCAUUUUAUCAAAAUGUAUUGCUAAUUUUAUUACAUGUUGCCAUAUUUCAGCAUUUUUAAUGUUACAUUUAGUCAAUUUCAUGUUAGCAAACUUCAGCAUUUCAUUGGUUUCCAAACUUCAGCAGCAUUAUAUAAGUAUAUAUAUUUCAGUAUUUUUCAUCAUUAUAUAUUACCAGAUUUUCAUCAUUAUAUAUAGACACAUGAAACCAGCAUUGUAUGUUGCAAACUUCCAACACUUUAUAGGUAAAUUGCUGAUAUUGCCCCAAUUCAGAAUUAUAUACAAUCUGUAGCCAAAAUUAAGUUUUGUAUACGAUUUAUUGCCAAAAUUCAGCAUUAUAUAUAAUCUGUUGCCAAAAUUAAAUAUUGUAUAUGAUUUAUUGCCAAAAUUCAGCAUUAUAAUAUAAUCUGUUGCCAAAAUUAAAUAUGCAUAUUACAUGUAUUAUCAAACUUCACCAUCAAAUAGGCUCGUUAGCUAGCUUUUGCACUGAAUAAGUAGAUAUGUUCAAUGCUUCAACAUUAAAUGGCUGAGAAUAUUAUAUUGUGAAAUAACAAAAAAUCCAUUAACUAUUUAUCAUAAAGACUUUACCGCUCUUCCACACUAAUAUUGUUCAGCAAAUUCAUAUUUUACAGUGGGCAUAUAUCAUUUGAUCAUUUCUGUGAUGUUUUGAAAAUCUUUUUUUUUUCUUUCUUUUUUUUAACACCUUACUCUUCCUUGUAUGGUAUGUUAUUCUGUUAAUUCUAUAUGACUGGUAAAUCAUUGUCUAAGUAUAGUUUUUUGUUUGUCAUUUUUAUUGCAAAAAUGUAAUUGACAGCAAACAUAGUUCUAUAGUUCCAUUAAUGUCAUCGCAAAAAAAGGUACCCGGUUUUCUUUAAAAAUAAAUUAGUUAUCUUUGAAUUGUAUUGCAAUACAUGUGUUUAUAUACAUGUGCAGCAUUAUGUGUAUUUUUAAAAAGUUUUUACAUUGUGAUGCAUUAAUCUUUAGAUUUAGUACCGGAUGUUCCAUAUUAUUUUAAAAAUGGAGGAAAAUGCUAAAUAUCUUUAACAUAUUUUUUGUAUUCAUACUCAAGUAUGCCAUAAUUUUAGUGAAAAUAAAUACAUACAUAUAUU